AUGAUAACAUUAAUAUCACACGAAACACCUUCUUCUUCGUCGUCGUCAUCUGAUGAGGAUUCAGAUGAUGAAUCUUGUGAAACGGACAAAGAAGUCAAGUGCAAACAAAACGCGGCAGAAAAAGAAAUGAACAGAAAAGAAAAAACCUCAUCAAAUAAUAACAAACGGAACAGAAAGAAAUCGAAAAGAAAACAGCAUCCGUGUCCUUAUUGCGAAAAAACGUUUCCAUUUCCCAAUAAACUUAGAGAGCAUAUCGAAGUUCAUAAAACUGAUCGAUAUGAAUGUAUGGAAUGCCCUUCUCCGAGGAAGUUUGAUAAAUUCAACGAUUUGAAAGCGCAUUGUAAACAAUAUCAUAGUCGAGCUUCUCAUAAAUGCUCGGUUUGUUCCUAUACUAAUUCGAGGCCGGCGGACGUCAAGCGUCACUUCCAACAGAAUCACAUUGACGGCGUCCCGUGCACUAUCAUUGGAUGUUCCAUGAAAGUUGCAAAAAACAGACUGAAAACCCAUAUCAAAGAAAUGCAUUCAAUUCCACUAGAAAUUUCGUCAGUCCCUAUUCGUGCAAAGUUAUCUUUUCACAAAUGCCCGAAUUGUGGAUAUGAACCAGAUCAAUCGAUCGUUGAGGCAGAAGAUCAAUAUAAAGAUCUUAUGUCACAUAUGGAAACAAUGCACGAGAAGAAAAAGACGAAGAAAGAAUGCAAAUUCGGUUGUGGUAUAUCACUUCUGCCCGAAGAAGAAACGAAUCAUCAGGAUAAAUGCCCGAAACUCAUUCCAGAUGAAUCAUGCUCAUCUACUCCAAUGCUAAAUAAUGAUAGUUGCUGCUACACAAAUACUGUAACAUCCCAAUCAAUGUUAUCUGAAACUUCCGAAGAAGACCAAGAGUCAGUGGAAAGUUCAUCGAAUACUUUGAAUGAAGAGCUUGAAGAAGAACACGAAGGUACGGGAAGGAGUAGCAAAGACCCACCUCGAAAGAAAAUGAAGAAAAACGAGAAUCAGUUUAAAACAGAGUUCGCUUGUGAAAUAUGUGGCAAAGAGAGCUUGAGUAGAGAUAGUUUACGAAAGCACGUCUGGUCGUGUCAUUCUGGGUCAAAUAGAGAAGGGAAGACCUCCAGAAAACAGUUCAAAUGUGAUCGAAAGUCGAUGAUCGAAGGAGAAGACUAUUGCGAGAAAACGUUUAGAACCGAGCAAAGUCUUCGUGAUCAUUACAAUGUUCAUGAUAAUAUCAAACCUUACGUUUGCAAGUCUUGCGAUCAAAGUUUCUACAGCCGUGAUAGAUUUGCAGUGCAUUUGUCCAAGUACCACCAGACGAGCAUCAAAAAUUACAAUUAG